UUCGGCCUCACCUACGCCCGUACGCCGCCGUCCUGCUCCCCUUCACUUCGGCUUUUUCGUCUUCCUCUCUUUCGGGCCGAGACCAUCCUCGAAAUGACGGCAUCGAGCUGGCCAACAAGGAUGCUAUGAGCGUCGACUUGAUCUGCUCUUCCUCAACUACUUGGCUUCAUACACGCAAGCUGCCGCGAAUCGUCAUGCCGUCCGUUGUGCUCAGCAUCAUCAGCAUCGCAAUCAUCUACUCCGUGUCCCUCUCCUCCUCACCCGCCCAAGCCGCACGCAUCAAGCUGGGCAACUGCUACAAGCAAAAAAAUUGCGAUCCAACACACCUCGAGCCCUACUACAUAGUCUUCGGCGACACGGACGUCCCUGACCUGCCUCUGCAGGUCAACUACUCUGGCUGCCUCUCCUUCCUCGCGGGAGCGCAGCCGUAUACCAGGAUGAACGUGUGCAGAGAGUCAAGCUGCACACAAGCAUGCGAUGCUGCAGAUGUCGAAGGGGAGUGUGUCUCCUUGCCGGAGAACGCUGUUGAGGGGUCGAUGUAUAAGUGUUUGAGGCAGGUCAAAGAGAGGAUGGAGACUUGUUGAAUUGCAAAGCGCCGUCAAGAUCUUUGCUUCCCGAGGGAUGGGCGCACCGGCUGUCACACCCGCCCUGAUUCCGGUGUACCGUAUCCACAAGACUUACCAAGGGCUCGAUCCACCACUUUACUCGGCUUUGCGUUGCUGCCGGCGAAAUUGUGACGACUCAAA